GUACAGCUGGAGUCUCCGGCAUCACGGCAGCAACACACACUGACAGCUCCGACCGGAUCACCGACCAGGGAACGAUGGAGCACCGAGACGCCAACUUCAACAUCCUGCUGGCGACCGACUCAUACAAGGUAACGCAUUACAAGCAGUAUCCCCCCAACACGAGUAAAGUAUACUCCUACUUCGAAUGCCGGGAGAAAAGGACAGAUUCCACCAAAAGCAGAAAAGUCAAAUAUGACAAAACCGUCUUCUACGGCCUGCAGUACAUCCUCCACAAAUACUUGAAAGGAAAGGUAGUGACUGCAGAGAAGAUUCAGGAGGCCAAGGAGGUGUACAGAGAACACUUCCAGGAUGAUGUUUUUAAUGAGAAGGGUUGGACCUACAUUUUGGAGAAAUACAAUGGACACCUGCCCAUUGAAAUCAAGGCGGUGCCAGAGGGGAGCGUCAUUCCUCGAGGCAAUGUUUUGUUCACAGUGGAGAGCACGGAUCCUGAGUGCUACUGGCUCACCAACUGGGUGGAGACCAUCCUGGUUCAGAUCUGGUACCCCAUCACUGUGGCGACCAACUCCCGGGAACAAAAGAAAAUCCUCGCCAAGUACCUCCUGGAGACUUCUGGGAACUUGCAGAAACUCGAGUAUAAACUACAUGACUUUGGUUACCGAGGAGUCUCCUCACAAGAGACUGCUGGCAUCGGUGCCUCCGCCCAUCUGGUUAACUUCAAGGGCACCGACACAGUUGCUGGGAUCGGAGUCAUCAAGAAGUUCUAUGGCACUAAGGACCCGGUGCCGGGCUUCUCAGUGCCGGCUGCCGAGCACAGCACCAUCACAGCGUGGGGGAAGGACCAUGAAAAAGACGCCUUCGAGCACAUCAUCAGGCAGUUUCCCAACGUGCCCGUAUCCAUCGUGAGCGACAGCUACGACAUCUACAACGCCUGUGAAAAGAUUUGGGGAGAAGACCUAAGAGAAUUGAUAGAGAGACGCAGCGCGGACGCCCCGCUGGUCGUGCGACCAGACUCAGGAAACCCGCUUGAUACGGUGUUGAAGGUUUUGGAGAUUCUUGGCAAGAAGUUUCCUACAGAGGAGAACUCUAAAGGGUACAAGGUUCUGCCUCCGUACAUCAGAGUUAUUCAAGGAGACGGAGUUGAUAUCAACACACUGCAAGAGAUAGUGGAGGGCAUGAAGGAGCACAGGUGGUCUAUUGAGAACAUCGCCUUCGGAUCUGGAGGGGCUUUACUGCAGAAACUGACCAGAGAUCUGCUCAACUGUUCCUUCAAAUGCAGCUAUGUGGUCACAAACGGACUCGGGGUGAAUGUGUUCAAGGAUCCUGUGGCCGACCCCAACAAGAGAUCAAAGAAAGGUCGCCUGUCUUUGCACCGGUCGCAGAGCGGAGAGUUCGUCACCCUGGAGGAGGGCAAGGGGGACCUGGAGGAGUACGGCGUGGACCUGCUGCACACGGUGUUUCAGAAUGGAAAGAUCGUGAAGACCUACACGUUCGAUGAAGUCAGAGACAAUGCUAAGCUCAAAGACAGUGAGCUUGAAGAGCUGCUGCACUGAGUGCAGUCUUCUUAAACACCCCCCCCCCCCCACAUACACACACUGUCACCCCCUAAAAGGCCCCUCUUUUAAACCUUCACCUUUUUGCCUCCAGUAUCACCAUAGAAAUGGAGGUGUGUCCACUGCUAAUAGAUCCCCACCCCAAAAUAAAAAACAAAACAAAAAAAAAAACUCCCAAGGCCUGAUAAACCCCCUGAAAUGUUCCUGUAAACCUGAUUCAUAAACCUGUCUGUAGGUUCUCCGAGCUGAGACACAGAAAUUUGUAAGAUCGUCGAUGAACUCCAACAAGCUUCGUGUGAGUGGGGCGGGGGGGGUGGGGUGCAGAAACAGAAGCCUACGUGUGUGAGGAAUUAUAAGCAACAAUUUGCAUAGAGAGGUAGUCCUGACAGUGACGAAGUUAAAGGUGCGGUCGCGUCCUUGUGCUACUGCCUCGGAUCAAACUUCGACAGACUGGGGGAUUUCGCAGCUUAAUGAAUGUUUGGCCGGCCGCUGACGCGCAGUGAGUCCGCAGACUCUUUUUCCAUGCAGACACACACAAGGAAAGGAAGUGAUCGUAGGUUUUUUUUCGAUCGGGGCUCUUAGCACCUGCAUGCUGAGUCAAGACGAGAGCGAUCGUGACAAAAAGGCAUAACUGCACCCACACCAAUGACCGUUGUCCUUGUAUUCUGUACAGUACUGAUAAGAAGAAAAAAAAAUAUACAUGUCUCAAUCUAUUUAGCUUUGUCUUUUAUGUGAAGGAUGAAAAUGAACGUUCCAUGCACUGAUAACACUGGCAAAUGGUUCAUAUGUUGCUUCAACCUGGUAGCAAAUAAUCACAAACACUUAAACUGUAAUUAUAACAAUAAUGAACAUUUCAUUUCCCAAACAGUUUUUGCUUUUAAUUAGUAGUUUGAUCCAAUUAUCAAAGGCCUAUCCUGUACUUCCUCACUGUAUGUACUCCAUAAAAACACAAGCUGUUAAUUUGUGCAUCUCUGGAGGAAUAUAAAGGAUCAUCUUCUCGCCAUUAUGCUGCUCUGAAGUACAUUCACAUUGUGAAGGUCCAAUCCUCAGUGCAGCCAUCACAAGUUUAACAGUUUUAUGGCACAUGGAAACAUUAAAUCCAAGCCCCCAAAAUUAGAGUGUAGAUCUUUGGAUUGGGUCUUGAUGAUGGCGAAUGUCCGGCAUUUUCUAUGUAAGAUGUUAAAAAACAAACAAACAAACAAAAAAAAAUGUCAGAAGUUGUCUUCACUGGAAUGAAGAUGAUAAAUCUAUGUGUUUAUGACAGAUUAUGUAAUGUAUGUGGCUCCCGGGCUGAACUGUAUGUUAAAUGUUGGUCCUGAUAUGUGUGUGUGUGCGUGUGCGUGUGUGUGUGUGUGUUUGUGUGUGUACUGAUGUUUUCUUCCUUUAAAGGACUAUGUAGUAUUCCUUAUAUGCAAAUGUGCUUGUUGACGGAGGGACUACAGAACACUCUUCCUUUUACUUUGCCGGCCUUGGAAGCUGAGGGGAGAUGCAGAGUAGCGACAGGCGGCUGAUGAGCGGAGUUGGGAUAGUUAGGACACUGGGACGCACCAGCGAGGUUUUGGAAGGUGCGAUAGCUGGUGAGCGAAACGUCGCCCUCGGUAUCACUGCCUUAACUUUUGAAAAGUAAACGUUCAACAGAUGUGUCUGUGGAAGAGCGCGUUUGGAUUAAAUCCCCCGAUAUACAGUAUAUGUAUAUAUAUAUAUAUAUAUAUAUAUAUAUAUAUAUAUAUAUAUAUAUAUAUAAUCGGAUCAUGUUCGUCCCUGCCUUCGGAGCUCAUUAUCUGUCCAGUCAGAGCUUCUUCGUUUAGGAUUCCCCACCUCGUCCUCACUCGAUGUUUCCGGGUUUUUAUGGGUCCAUUUGCUUUGUCACCCUUUUCAGAACUGGUGACAUCGCAGGUGACGAAUAUUUGAGGGGAAAUUUCCAAACUGUGCAGCUAUUAGAUGGAUUCCCAUGAAAUUUUCACAUCACAUGGGGUGAAUACUACUGACUGUGGAGAUCUGAUUUUCCUUUUUUUUUUUUUUUUUUUCACAUUGCAGUUAUGAGUGAAAUGUCUCAACGGCUGCUUAGGUGCAUUUCCACAUUUAUUAACUGUGCUAAUAAGUAUGUAGCUGCUAAACAUCAGUAUCUUGGUUUUUCUAGUCAGCAUGUCAGCACACUUAUAGUAAUCCCACAGAGCCGCUACCUCAGCUGCAGUCCUGUUAAAACUAGUUGGUAAUUUAUUCUCUUAACGGGUCACGCUCUCGUCAGACAUAUCGCUGCUUCAUGUUCACCGCUUUAGCCCACUCGCCUUCUGAUCACGGUCUUCUGCAUUUGCCUGCCGGCAGCUCCACUGGAGUUUUUAAGAGUUGGUUGGGGUUUCUUUUUCGAUUUCAUCACGCGCCCUGACAAUUUUCUACAGUUUUAGGAUGAAAUUGGGGAUAUCUCUCAAUUUCCACCCGCUCAGAUCAUCAGAUCAUCCUACUGAAACGGACAAGUCGGUAAAGACCAGAGUCACAUGCUGAGACUUCAGAUUUUAUGCCCCCCAACUCCGACUCCUCCCCCUCUUACUUUUUCGUUUCAACUGUUGCUGCUGUUUUGUGACAUAAUUCGUUCUCAAGUUGUUAUGACACAGUAGUUCCUUUGUUUACCCCGGCCCCCAGUUAUGAGGUGCAUUUAGUAAAACUUUCUUUUACUAUUUUGAUACUGUCUCAGUUCUUACCUCAGAGAAAUAUUAUUUUUUACCGCAAAGGAUUAAAAAAAGAAAGGCAAAAAAAAAAAAAGGCGACGCCAGAAAUAUUGCAGUGAAUAUCUUUAUUUACAAACGAUGCGGCCAUACUGCCUUCUCACUUGCACAGAAAACACAAAGUUUGACUGAAAGCAGAGAUGGCAGGUUAGUGAGACGACCACACUAGAUCAUAUUAUUUUUGUCAGACUGACCAUUUUUGUACCAACGGAAGAAUAUCCAAAACUGCUUGACUGAACUGUCAGCGUGACUGUUUCUUGUGACUGUCGAGCUUUUAGCUUCUGUCUGUAAGUGUGUGAGUGAGUGAGGGCGUGUGAGUGUGUUUAGUCUCGUAUGAAUGCUUUGUGUGUAAUGAAUGAAAAGGUUUUGGGUGAUUUAUUUUCUUCUUUUCUUUAUGUUGAUGUUUUAAUCGUAUGUAUAUGUUGGUUGUUCCCAAUUCUCUCUUCCAGUACAACUGAUAUUUUAACUAACAUAACUUGCUAUAUUGUCAACAAUACAUUGAUUAAAGAUGGCACCCUGUCAGUUUGAAA